UCAAGAUCUGCGGCGAGGAUGUGCUUACAGGCCCUGCUAAGCCGCCGCAAAUGAAUGAGGAUUCUUCAUAGCACCCCACUGAGCGCUAGCAACUAACAACAAUCCAACCGUUUCACUGCUCUGGCAUUAUGGCCGAAUCAGGCGCCGUUCACGCGUUCGCCGGAUGGCUUUUGCCGUUCUUCGAUGGGUUAAUGUUCGCAAUAGGCCUCCCGGGGAACCUUGUGGUUCUUCGUGUUUUCUCCGACAGGCAGUCCCACCGUCCUUCCCAUGUGUUGCUUGUUGGUCUGCUGGCUGCCGACUUGCUUGUUUGUCUGUGCCGCAUGGUCAUCCUGUACCUCUCCCUGGCCCACAACUCUAGUCUCCAAGACGGACUGGCCGCUCUGCGCUGUCGCAUCUCAGAUGGGUCCCUUUUCUUCUCCGUCUGCACGACAAUGUUCUUGCUCACGGCUGUGUCCCUCGACCACUAUGCCGUCUUUUGUAGGCCCAUCAUCAAACUCAGGGUCACUGUCCCCAAGACAAGAUUCCUCCUGGCGUUGUGUUUCCUGGCAGCGCUGGCACUGUCGACCGCCACGCCAUUGUUCGCCACAUACGAACUCGUCGAGGAGAGCCACUUUUGCCGGGUAACUUCACUGCGAUGGCUGAGCGAUCUCAGGUUUUACUUUCUUCUUGGCCUGAGCGCUGUGGCUUUCUCUGUCAAUGCCUGGCUGUAUGUUGGCAUUUCUCGAGCCAUCAAGCACCGCGUGAGAGUCGGCAAUGACGGGCGCAGCAACCGAUCUUGUUUGAGCUUGAUAAGCGGGGUUACUCCAGUGAGGCUGACCGUGCCGCAAAUCUCAAGCCUGAUGGAUAGCCCGCCACCCGCACUUCCACUUCGGCCCUCCGCUUACAACCAGGAAGUGGCAAUAACAUCCCAAGACGAACCCCCUUGCUGCAGUUCUAGUUCCGGUUCGAAGGCUGCUAAUCUAGUUUCAGAAACUAGCAGUGCGACAUGUCAUGAGCUGAGAGAUGGAAUGGCCCCGCCCAAGAAGGUGCGAUUUGACGACCCCUGGUCGCGGACGGAUCGACGAAGCGAAAAUCCCCUACCCGGGCUGAAGUCAUCAAGUUCCUCACCAUCAUCAUCGUCACCAACGACUUCAGAUUCCAAUACGGCACGCAUGAUGUUCGCAAAGAUGCUCGUGUUCUCCCUGACCUGGAUUCCAGUAAUCAUCUUCAUGACUUUGGAGCAUUUCAUUUUCAGCUUCCUCGACGUCUGGCUGGAAAUGUGCAUCCAUCUAGUCGUGGUCAAUUCUGCUCUCAAUAUCGUCAUCUUUGCCGUCGCUAGCAGGCAGUUCAGAUCCCAGAGCCGAGAUUUGUUGAAGGCCAUACGGUGUUUCUGGGAGCCGAGAUUCGAGAGACGUAGGCCCAUUCAUCUCCACCAUCCUUACUGGAUUCGAUAAGUCCGAACACCACAGCAUGUAAAAAUGGCACAAACACAGCAAGAAAAAUGUUUGUGGUAAUAUUUUGGACACUACGUAAUUGGCAACUCCCUGAUUCAAGACUGUUUAAAGAUGAUCGAAACAUUUACUAUUCAUGACCUUUUGGAAUCAGAUUUUGAAUUUAUGUAUAUAUAAUUUCUAAAUAUUUAUGAAUGAAGAAAAUCUAAUAUUUGGGAUUCAUGAUACGGAUUGGGGAAACUGAACAUUUCUUGUUCUCUAAAAGGGCAAAAACUGUGAUACUCCUGAAACUCCUCUCUAGAUGAACCAUGGAAAGCUUGAAACGAAAAUUUCCGGAGAAUAAUGCACGUUUCAGUAAAGUAGAUGAUUUCACUUCAGUAAUCUUUCACAUCAUGUAAUAGUGUUAUUGUCAGAGAUAUUUUUACACACGAGUGUUAAUUAACAAAAGGGUUUUGUAUAAGUAUAAAUUUUCAGCAUGCACCAAAUACCAUCUGUAGUUGGUGGUUGUUAAUGAAAAACUGUGACAAGACGUACGAUGUUUGCUUUGUACAAGCUUGUA